AUGCUGCUUUUUGCCGAAUGUCGAUUGGAGACGUACUUAGACAUGUUGGGCGAACGAGAAAGAAGGAAUCAAGGAUCGAUCGAGGCGGCGCAUUUGCGGUCCACUUUACGAUACAAUCGAUACGGAUCCACAAUGAGUGCCAUGCAAGAGUCGAAACCACCACCAUCGUCCUCCUCCUCGCGUGGGUCUAGAGGCGGCUCUUCGUCCAAUCGCAGAGGAGGCGGUUCUUCUCGAGGUGGUGCAAGCGGUGGUGAAGGUCGACGUGCCAACUUUGGAGGCUCUCUUACACCCUCCGAUCCAAACCGCGCUGCCGCUUCCAACUCAAGAGGUCGCUCCAACAACCACUCGAGGUCAAAUAGACCGCAAAAGGAUCGCCCCGAACCACAACAAGUAUCAGCACAAGACCAAGUGGAGCCAUUAUCUGCUACCACUGCUGUACAAGGCAACACGCAGGAUGCUGCGCCAAACGACGAUGGCGACGACGAGCUACCGCCCGAAGCCGAGCUCUGCUUCAUCUGCGCCGACCCCGUCAAACUCACCUCGGUUGCUCCGUGCGACCACCGAACCUGUCACAUCUGCGCCCUCCGUCUCCGUGUCCUCUACAAGAAGGACGAAUGCACCUUUUGCAAAGCCACCAUCGACCACCUCAUCUUCACCUCCAAUCCCACCAAAUCCUUCUCCGAUUUUCAACCUUCCGACAUCCCUUACACCGACAAGAAACUCCCCAUCAGCUUCGAGACCAAAGAAGCGCUCGAAGAGACCGUCCUGCUCCUCCGCUUCAACUGUCCCGAUCCCAACUGCGAGAUCGCCUGCACCGGCUGGAAGGACCUCCGUGCCCACGUCCGCAGGGAACACGCUCGAAUGGUAUGCCAACUCUGCAUCUCCAACAAGAAGAUCUUUGCCCACGAACACACGCUCCACACCGAGCAAUCGCUCGCCGCGCAUGAAAAGGCAGAACAUCGUCUGUGCGAGUACGACCGUCAGUGGUUCUACUCUGACGACGAACUGUUUGCUCACAUGCGCGACAGGCACGAGCAGUGCUUCAUCUGCAAGGCCAGCGGAAACGAGGACGAGAGGUGGAAGUAUUACAGGGACUACGAUAUGCUCGAGAGGCAUUUCAGGAAGGAUCACUGGCUGUGCGAGAACAAGGAGUGCUUGGAGGAGAAGUUCCGUGUCUUCAAAGAUGAGGUGGAUUACAAGGCGCAUCAGUUGGAGAGGCAUGCCAACGAGUUGAGCAGUAGGGAGAGGAGGGAUGCGUUGAGGAUCGAGGCUGGCUUUACCUAUGAUGAUCCUAGCGUGGGCUCAAGCAGAUCUGGAGCUGGAGUUGGUGGGGGCAAGAAGGGCAAAGGGCGGGCGAAUGGGGGUGCAGAGGCAAGCCAGGAGAACAGAGAUGUUCUGGGCGUCUCAUCCCUAGCAUCCCGUGCACACGUCCCCGGCGCAGGUCCCGCCAACCACCAAUCCCGUCGAGCCAUGUUCGGAUCAGGCCUCACCAACCCCACCCCCGCCGCACCACCCCAAGGCGUCUCUGCCGACCGACCCCGCACCAUCACCGACACGCGCUCCACCGAGCAACGCCACCAAGCCUACAUGGAUAAAGUCACCUCUCUCCUCCAAACCGACUCUCGCAUCACGUCCUUCCGCCACGCCGUUCGGCUGUUCAAGAACAACGAGUCUUCGGCACGCGAUUUGAUCUCGACGUUCCACAGUUUGGUCGGUGAGACAGGCGAGGAGUGCGCGACACUCGUAAACGGAAUGAUCGAUUUGUUGGACGGAGAAAAGCGGGAGGAGAUGGGUCGGGCGUGGAACGAGUGGAGGGAACGAUGUCGUAGCCAGACUCACAGGCAUGACCCUCACGCAAACAUUCAACCCAAUACCGAAGCCAGUUUGAAUAAUCACGACCAAGGAUACAAAUACAAGAAACACCACUCCAACCCUCCUCAUCGCUCUGUUCCUUCCAUCCACUUUUCACCUUCCGCGCUGCCGCUAAGCAUAGAUCCUUCCACCACCAGGCGCCACACCGGGGGGCAACCUAUCCCCACCACCCACUCUCCCACCAUUCAACUCGAACUUCAAUCCAUCCUCCGCAUCCUCCUCGUUCUGUUCCUUCUUCUGCUUCUUCGGCGUUGCGAAAUCCUUCUCUCCUCCUUCCCCACCAUUCCCUUCAUUGGGAACGGCAGCGGAAGGGUACAGAUUCGGAAUUCCAGAGGUCGUCAUGAUGCGUUCGAAUUUCGACCAGAGCUCCGAAAUCGGAUGGAACUCUUUUCCGACCGAAAUGGAUUCUUCGAUCUUGCGGUUCAGCGAGUUUGUGUUGCCCAGGAUGGAUUCGACGCCCUACGUUGGUCGAAACGGUUGAGAGAAAGUCAGUACAGAUUCGUCAAACGUAAACGCUUUACCCAAUCGAUGGAAUGGUCAUGCUUGAACACCACAGCCCUUCUUCCAAGCUCUUCUGUGGUCUGGUCUUGCCGUUCAAUGCCAUCGCAACAUGAUACAACGGCUGCAACAAUGACCCUUUCGUACCGCCACGCUGUCUCUCAUACCGUAGAUGACCAUAUUGAUUUCCCUCCGACCCCCAACCCCGAAGUCGUCCACUUUGUCACCUUCUCCCAACACCCCUACCGCGCAUCACCACCUCGCCCUCGAUUCCUUACCACCGUGUCCGUUUCACCAUCUCCUCAUCCUCGCCGCGUCGGUUUUCUGCGCGCUUACCUUGGAGAUAUCCCCAAUCAAUCGGUUUCUCUCCCUCUCAAAGAAGCCCGCAUCUUGGGAGUGAUCGUCUGA